UGUAUUUUCUGAUUUCUGAGUUUCCUUUAUUUAGCUUAUGUUAUAUGUCGUACAACUACUCGUCUUGUCUGGUUUCACUUUCAAUAAAAAAAUAAUAGUCUGUUCUUUCGUUCUUUUGCUUACUUCACGUUUAAGUUGUCACUAAUAGAUCGAUCCGAUCAUUUUUUUUGCGACCGGAUUAUUUAUCAUAUUAAGAUGUCACUUAACCUAAAAUAAAUUUACUUUCAUAUUGAUUUAAUUAAUUUCUUAUUUGAUUUAGAUUUAAAGUAAUUGAAAAUUACUACAAACUGUAGGAAGUGAAACAAUCUCAAUCAUAAUUUCAGGAUAAGUGCAAGCAAAAUCAGAAAAAAAUAGAAAUCUGUCAUACGGCUACACAGUCUUUCAAUUUUGAACCAUGGCCGAUGCUUCGACUAUCGAUUGCGCUCUCAUGAUUGAGUGGCUCAACAAACAACAGUCGGUUACAAAAACUGGGAAGUGGAAGUCCUCGACAUUGAGUCUCAUACGAAAUGAGUUCAGAGAGAUCUAUUUGCAAGCAAAAGUAUCAGCUGCAAUACUUAAAUUCCGCUUAGAAAAUGUUAAUGUCCACAAGAAAUUCAUUUCAGAAGGAAAAGCAACAAUAACGUUUCACGCGCAUCCUGCAGUUUUGUACAUUUCAAAUGCACCAGCAUCACAGCUUUUAUUAUUUCUAAAAACUAUUUUUAUAAAAAUGAGCAGUUCAAAGAGCUCACCUAAGGUACCACUUCGAGAACAGUUGCUUUCGAAUAAAAAUAGAGUUGUACAAGAAAUCAGCCCAAUUAACACCAAAGAUAUUAAGAGAGUAUCGAUUGCUAAGGAGACUAGUGCCACCAUACAGGCUGGUGCUUUGAAGAGAAAAAGUGUUUCCGAGAAACAAAACGUUCAGGGAAACAAGAAACUAUGUACUGAAUUACUUUUAAAAGAAAAAUUAACAGCUGAACAAAGAGAAGUAAUGGAUGCUGUAAAACAAGGAGUUAACAUUUUCUUUACUGAUCUAUUCUUGUUUGAGCGGACAUGGAAGUCACUUGUUACCGAUAACUUUACACCGAGUGGCAUAGAAGACAAUGACAUUAUUCUGUCGAGUGUGUUUGCCCACCAAAGACAUCCAAUCCAUCCCAUGCACUUCACACCAUUGGAGGUUGGG